AGUCCACCCUCAGUGGUAUUCAAGCUGCGCUGCUGUACGGUUCACUAGCCUUGCGACUUGCGACGAGUUCACUUACUCUGUGAUUUUAUUGUAUUGUAGAUUCGUGGAGUCCACUGUUCGGGAGAUCCGUACAAACCGGAGCCGUUUUAAAAUUUUAUCAUACUAAGCUUUCUAAGGGAAGAUGCUCGCUAACUCAGCCAUGGAAAUGCAACGUGAAGAGACUCCUUUGGCCCUCCAACGCCUUUGGAACCUUACCCGUGCCCGACUCGCGGGGACAUCCACUGCCAUUGAUGUGGAACCAGCAUUCGUUGAAAACUUUCCUCCAGCGCAGGAAUUCGAAGUUGCUCCUAAAGCGCUUGUGUCAGCAACGAGUGACUAUGAAAGCGACGGAGAAGAGGCCUUCCCUGAACUGGAGGUCCCUGAGCCAAUUGAGGUUAGCAAAAAUUUCUGGACCGUUAGUGAUCGGAAAAAAGAAGUAUUACUGGACGCAGGUGCUCUGGGAGAUGUGCCCGCUGUUUACAAAGUGCCUCAGCCAGCGCUCCAUCAGAUGCCGGUUAUUGGGGUGUACAUCGACCCCCGUGUCCGAACCGGCUUCAGAUACAAAGUUAGACCAAUGCAGGCUUUGGAUGCGCCCCCACUGUCAGUGAAGCCAAGAUACUUGUUCGGAGGUAAAGCCUUGACUCUGCAGUCGAUAGGACGUGGAUUUGCUCGCAGACUUACAUUUGAACCCCACAACUCGACGCUCAAUGAAAACACCAAUUACUUCUGGACCGACUCAAGACCAGAAGGAUUCGUAUUUGAGAUAGAGGCGGUUUCGGUUGGUGAUAAAUUCACGAUUUACGAUGCCAAUCAUGAGCCGCAAGGCAUUUUGGAAGUAGUGGAGCAACAGAAAAAUCAAGUCGAGUUUGACCAGAAGAUCUACGAAGACGGUUCGAUUGAAAAGAAAGUUAAAAUUAAUACUCUAUGUAAAGUCGAGUGGUAUGAAAACGAUGGAGCUAUUAAAUUGAUGCCCGUCACUGGUGUUGCGAUUCUGAAGAAGGGUCGUGGUGAUGCAGCUGUCGUCCGUGUUGUGAAUGUAGCUAUUGGGAUCAAACAACUCCGAAAGGGUUACGAACUAAAGCCCGGCAUCCAGUCGUCUUCAAGACGAGUAACCGUAAAUGGCGCUGAUAUUAAAGACAUUCCUUGUCAGUAUUGCGUCGUAGGGCUCGAAAAAUACGAACUUCCAGUUAUCGGAACAUAUGUCGAUCCUCGUAUCAUUCCUGGCUUCCACUAUCGCGUAAGGCCAGCAGGUAGCCGAAGACAUCUUUUCGAAGGACGUAGCCUACUGUUGCAGUCCAUUGGGAUGGGAUACGGCAAGCGCAUCACUUUUAAGCCUGACUCGCUUAACACGCCUGAAAACUAUUUCUGGUCCGAUUCGCACCCUGAAGGUGUAGGCAUGGAACCACGCGCCAUUCAUCCAGGAAUGAAAUUCAGUAUUACAGGAAAUGGGGGUCUUUUGGGUGAAGCCAGUGUUUUCCGAGCUGACCUACCUCAAGUCGAGGAAAAGACAGAAUAUGUAGACGUUCCAGGGACCCGUGGGAAGGCGGUAGAAAAAUACAUUCACGUGGACGUUACUUGCCACGUGAAAUUGGCUACAACUGGCGGCGGAUCUGUGGACUCCGAAGUUCAUCUGAUGAAAGUAUCUGGCGUAGCACUUGUGCGCAAGGACCCAGGUCAGGCCGCUGCCAGGCUAAUGAAAGUUUUCAACGUGGGAUUGGACUCGCAAUUGAACUUGUUGUUCGCCCACUCUCAGACUGAGCUCACUUUCCACCCAGAACCUUAAAUCGCCUUCAGUACUCGAAUGGUGAAGCAGUACCUGUGAUAGCGCUCGCUUCGCAAUAGUUACUGUGUCACUUAAACACCCACCCGGCGCGACAAAGGCUCCGUCAAAUGCCAAUCGAUCGGUCAUGAGUUUGCAACCGAGCCACGGUCAUUAUCAAUCAGACCGAUGCUGUGGGCUGAUCGGUUGCACAACUCUUCAUAAACGUAACCGUAAACGUGAGAUGACGAGCUUUUGGCAUCUGAGCUCUGUUUGUACCAUCAAGAUUAAAUGACUACUGUUUAAAUUUUUUUCUUAUAUAAUUUGAUUUUAUUUUUUAAUUAAUUUGAUUAUAAUCUAAAAGACAGUAUAGUUUUGAAUCUAUUUGGAGAGAGUAGUAAAAAAGACUAAAAUUCGUUUUGUUUUAUUUUAAACCCUCGCUGUUCCUGAAUAGUUCCUCUGCAUUCUCGAAUACUUAAUGUAUUUUAUUCUUUUUUUAAUAAAUUACUUCUCAAACAUA